AUGGCGUCUCAGCGGCUCGUGCAACUCGGUGCUCGCAUAUUUGGCGAUAUACCGCGCCAGUUGACUCCAUACGACCUCAAAAUUAUAAGAUAUUUCAAGAGGAAUCCUGUAGAGCUGCGAGAAGAAGUGACGUCUUACUAUCCUCCAACCAAGGAAAUAAACUCUCUGUUUCUACGACUGAGACGCUUAGGGCUAUACAGAGACCCGCAUAUCGACUUCAGAGAGGAGAUGAACGCGAAACGAAAAGCCCGUGGCAAAGGGCCUCCAAAGAAAGGACAAGGCAGACGAUCAAGAAGAAAAUAGAAGUGAAACUGAGGAGGAGAUGUGAGUACUACUGUAUAGUGGUAACAUGUGGAUGAGGAUAGUGUAUCACUUGUUGUUAUUGAUUAUCUGAGACAUUGCUAAGUUAGCAAAUUGUGUACAAAGAAGUGAUUGCUUCAUAUCAGGUUAUUACAGUUAUUGCAGGUCUACCGCUAAAAACUUUGUAAAAAUAAGAACUAUCAACUACAGAUGUGUUGAUUGUGUUAAUUAUUAAU